GCUCCCCGCAACUUCUACCUCAUUUUAUGCAUUUUGGUCAGUCAUGGCUGGGGAACUGUGUCUACUGCUCCUGUUACUGUUCUGUGGAAGAACGAUUUCCGAAGUGCAGCCUUUAUACCAACCGCCUUCUGAAACUCUGGAUUUUGGGUUUGUUCCUGCAAAGACUUACGACACCGCAGCGUACCACGAACCUGGAGCAAUAGGGAUUUUGUUUCGAUUAGUCCACACUUUCCUCUAUUUAGUGCAACCAAAUUAUUUUCCUCAAGAUCUUAUCAAAAAACUAGCACAGCAAUCGUUUGGCAAAACCCCUGGUGAUUAUCAAAAGCCAGAAAAUGUUGUCCUGACCCUUCAGGCAGUUUACUAUGAAAUCGGUUUUAUAGUCUCUGCUGCUCUGGGAGUGCUGUUUGUUCUGUUGCUGCCUCUAGUGGGGCUUUGCUUCUGCAUGUGCCGCUGCUGUGACAACUGUGGUGGGGAAAUGCACCAGAGACAGAAGAAAAAUGCUGACUGUCAGAGGGGCUGUUUUGCUACAGUACUUUUCGUUGCUGCUAUAAUAAUCAGUAUUGGUGUGCUUUUUGCUUAUUCUGCUAACCAGCACCUCACAAGUCAAGUCAGAGGAGCAAGGAAGCUGGUGAACAGUAAUUUCAAAGACCUGAGGAUUUUCCUGAAUGAGACACCUGGGCAAAUUGACUAUUUGGUGAGUCAGUAUGACACUACCAAGAAGAAAGCACUUUCUGACCUUAAUAAUGUUGGGCCGUUGCUUGGCAGAAGAGUCCAAGAGCAGCUGGCAAAGGAGGUGCGCCCUGCGCUUGAUGGAGCCCUGACCAUGGCAGGAGCUAUUCGAGAAACAAAGGAGGCUCUGGAGAACGUGAGUGUGUCUGUGGAGGUCCUGCAGGAGGGCACCCAGAAGCUGCAUGCCAACCUGACAGAUGUUAAAGAGCACCUGAUCAACACACUCGGGGAUUCAGCUUGCACAGCCGCCCAAGCAGCAUCCACCUGCAACGUCAUCAGGAAUUCCUUAGAUCAGCUGAACAUCAAUGCCAACUUCAGCAAGUUGCCGGGAGUGAAUGCUCAACUUGCCAAAGUCAAUGAAGUCCUUAAAACAGACCUCUCUAGUCUGGUUCAAAAGGGUUAUGCAGCGUUUAACGAUACACCUGAUUUGGUGCUCAAUCAGACAAGGAACAUUUUAUCAGCUGUACCUUAUAUUAAAAGUGUACUGGAAGCUGUUGGUUCAAAUAUCACAAGCUUUACUAAAAUGCUUCCCAUCCACAAGGUAAUAGCAGACUUCACCCUAUAUCUUACUCAGGGUGAGACAUACGUUCAAGAAUAUUUUCCCGUGGUGGAGCAGUAUGAUUUCUACAGGUGGCUGUGUUGCUUAAUUCUCUGCUGCAUGGUGAUAUUGAUCCUUGUAUUUUAUUACCUGGGAUUGUUAUGUGGUACCUGUGGUUAUGACAAAAAUGCCACUCCAACAACGAGAGGCUGUAUCUCAAACACUGGAGGAAACUUCCUGAUGGCCGGAGUUGGAUUCAGUUUUCUUUUCUCCUGGGUUCUGAUGCUAAUAGUAGUGGUCACUUUCAUCACGGGAGGAAAUGUGGAGAAGCUUGUUUGUGAACCGUUUGAAGACAGGAGUUUAUUCAAAGUUUUGGAUACGCCAUAUUUGCUGAAUCAGCAGCUGAAAUACUAUCUUUCUGCAAUCAUUUUAAAAAAUCCAAACAUUAACUUGACGUUUGAAAAAGUUUACAGUGAUUGCAAGGAAAACAAGGGCAUUUAUACCACCCUGCACCUGGAAAACCUUUUCAACAUCCAUGAAAUUCUGAAUGUUAGCAUGUAUGCAGAAGAUGUAUCGCUGAAAAUCAAGCAUAUUAAUAUAAACUUAAGCAAUAUAGUUUUGCUUGAUGAGAAGGGAAAGGAGAAUUUGAUGAAUUUCAGUUCCUCGGGAAUAAAUGAGAUAAACUUUGCAGCAUAUCUGUCAGAGAUCAAUAAGAGUGUUACCAAAGUGGAUCUCUUGUCCUUUGCUAACGAUUUGGAAGCACGGGCAGACCAACUGCCUAAAGGAGCAUUAGAAAAUGCAUUAAAAGGACAUGCAAAUAGUAUCCGCGUGAUACAUAACCAACAAGUUGUUCCAUUGGAGCAAGCAAUGACUGUCAAGAAAUAUGUUAGAGCUAGGAGCACUUUAAACCAGAGCAUAAGAUUACUGCAGAAAACAUCAUCGGAGCUUCCUGGGAAAGUCCGAAGUGUGAUCAGUGCUGUUAAUGCUGCACAACUUCUUAUAAACAACAAUGCUUCGUUUGUUAUUGUUCAGGAAACUAAAAAGUAUAUGGAUACUAUAAUCGGUUACUUUGAGCAGUACGCUGAAUGGGUGAAGGAAUCGAUUGCUAUGGAAGUGGCAACUUGUAAGCCCAUUGCCAAUGUGGUCGAUACUGCUAUAGAUAUAUUAUGCAGCUAUAUAACAGAUUCUUUGAAUGCCUUCUGGUUUGGCUUGGGGGGCUGUUCAGUAUUUCUAAUCCCUGCCAUCAUUUGUGCUGUGAAACUAGCCAAAUUCUACCGUAGGAUGGAUACAGAAGAUGUUUACGAUGAUGUUGAAACUAUGCCCAUGAAAAAUUUGGAAAAUGGUAAUAAUGGUUAUCAUAAAGAGCAUUUAUAUGGUAUACACAAUCCAAUUCUGACAAGCUCUGUGGAACAGUGGUAGUGCAUACUGGAAAUGUGAUGGCCUCGGGGAAUAAUGCUGCAAGUAGCUCCUCUGGGAAGCACCUUUCCCGUCAAUGCUGAAUUCCGAAUUCUGAGCCAUCUUGUCUGGGGCCUGUCUAGUAAACUAAUGUUGAAUGGAAAGAGAAUGGUGCAAUCGUAUGCCAUGAAAUGCCAAGCCACACAGCAUCUAUUUGUGUGUGUGUGUGUGUGUGGAGUACCAUUAACACACGGAAUUAGUGGCUUCCAUUCUUAUUUUAUAAUACCAUUUUUCCACUGGAGUUUCUGUCUCUUCUCACAUAAUAUAUUUAUUUAUUGUAAACAGGCUGGUCUGUGGUUUAUAUUCGUUUCUGUGGGUUGUUGUUUUUCUUCGGAUUAACUGCCCAGUCAAAAUUUACUCGGUUCUUGUUAUCAUGCCCAGAGAUGUUAAUACCAUGUAUAAAUAUGUGUUUACAUGAAGAAUACAACCUGUGUACAGACA